AGCCUGGGCUAAGACUCCCACCAGUGCCACCAGCCUCCAUCCCCAAGGGUCUCUGCAAACCACCCCAAGCAACAAACAAAAAAAUGGCACCUUUUGAGAAAUCCAUGGAAAUGAUGCCCUUCAAGCAAAGGAGAAAUCUCUGUAUAGAAACAAGAAAAGAUGAAGUGAGCAGCAUUCGCUCUAAAUUCCCAAACAAGUUACCUGUAAUUGUUGAACGUUACAUCCGUGAAAAGAGUCUCCCCCUGUUGGACAAAACAAAGUUCCUGGUUCCCUUUGAGCUCACUUUGGGUCAGUUCCUCUGCCUGCUCAGGAAUAAGAUUGACUUGGAGUCCACACAAGCCCUGUUCCUCCUGGUGGCAGAGAGGAGCAUGUCCUGUAUGUCCUCCAGCAUGGGAGAUGUUUACUCUCGCCACAGCGACACAGACGGCUUCCUCUACAUCACCUACGCCUCGCAGGAGAUGUUUGGAGCAGCCCCGCCGGCCGCCAGCCCGCACUGCUGAGCGUGAGAAAGAAACGAAAUGAA